AUGCGCCCCUCGGUAUUUGGUUCCAUCGAUACAGUCACCUGCAGAUCAUGGACAGCAAGGCUUCCGCUCGAGAUCAUCACGAAGGUGCUUGAGGAUGUGCCGCAAGAGACACUCUUCUCCACCCUGACCGUCAACCGCGACUUCAGCAAGGCUGCCCUUCCUCUUCUCUAUCGACACCUGUACUUCCAGCCUAAGCGCACCAGCAAGCGAGGCAAGAUCAGCCCUGAGCACCUGCGCCACGUCAAGAUGCUUGACAUUUUCGACCACGACCUCAAGCACUGCGAGAAGCUUGAAUUUUCCCACUCACCCGACGUCGUCCGCUUCCAUUGGAACGAUUCCAUUGAGAAACUGCACAAGUGGCAUGGCGAUGAUAAGCCCUGCCCUUUGCUGAGCUUGAAGCCGAAGAGCGUCGUCUUCGUCGACUUCGAUGCCACGAAGGCGCCGCCUGACGCGAAAGCGUUCAAGAACGUCAUUUAUCCCCACACCGAAAACCGCGUCGUCAUGUGGGACAUCAGCGAGGAGCUGGACAACAAGGGCUGGAACGCCGCGGUGAAGAACGUCAUCUUCCCUCCCGAGAAGGAUGAUACCGGCUUCGAGUCCCGCAUCAAGGCGAUCAAGAAGGGUAAGGGCGGCGAGCCACGCCCCGACGACCUGACGCGCCGCGAGAUCGUCGUCUUCGCCAACAAUACAACCAAUCGCCAUGCUGGGUUCGGCUUCCUGUGGUGGUUCAAGUCUUUCGCCAAGGAGCACUGCCGCCGCAAGCACAUUGUCGUCAACAUGGGGGCUUACCGUCCCAGGGACGCCCACUACAUCGACAGCCUCGAGGAGGAACUCUGGAAGUACUGCGCCAACAAGAGCGAGGAGUCCGACCUCCCCGAUGACGACGAGGAUCCUGACAAGUACGACAAUCUUCACCUCCUGAGCAUCAACACCUGGGAGAGGAUUGAGGACUGCCGUCCCAUGCUUCUGGAGUAUCUGACGGAGAGCGAGAUCCACAACCUGCUUCCCCCUCCCAAGGAGCCCAAAGCCUCCACUAAGAAGGGCAAGAGCAAGAAGUGA